UGCAUCUGUUUCUGGCAAACAUGAGGUCAGACCUCUGGUAUGUCUUUGUCUUUGUCUUCCAAAUUGAAGUCCUAGCAGAGCACAUCAAUGAUUCUGCCCAGGAUGAGAUGUUUACAUUCCACAAUGGAGGAGUACAAAUUCUGUGCAAAUACCCUGAGACUGUCCAACAGUUUAAAAUGCAACUACAGAGAGGGAAGCAAACACUCUGUGAUCUCUCAAAGACCAAGGGGAGUGGACAUACCAUAUCCACUAAGAACCUGAACUCCUGCCAACCUCAGUUAGCCAACAACACUGUCAUUUUUUCCCUAAAUAACUUGCACAGCUCUCAUGGCUAUUACUUCUGCAACUUAUCAAUUUUUGAUCCUCCUCCUUUUCGAACAAAGAUUCUUAGUGGUUAUUUGCAUAUUCACGAAUCGCAGCUUUGUUGCCAGCUAAAGUUUUGGUUACCUAUAGGAUGUGCAGCUUUUGUUGUACUAUGCAUCUUUGGAUGCAUAUUUAUUUUCUGGUUUACAAAAAAGAAGUAUGGAUCCAGUGCACAUGACCCUAAUAGUGAAUACAUGUUCAUGGCGGCAGUAAAGACAGCUAAAAAGACCAGGCUCACAGAUGCGACCUCAUAAUUGGAACUCUAACAUCCAUGUAUUGGCCUAUUACCUCCAAACUUGAAAUGAGAAAUUCCAUUUCCUAGACCACAGAGCUUCUAACUUGAUUUGACUAUAUGCAUCUCCUGCUUGUGAUUCCUUCACUGGACUAACAACGGUCAGACAAUAGGAUCUCAACAACUGCCUCAGUAUUGCUGAGUUCUCUCAAAACCAACAUCCUCUUGCAAUUAGCCUUAGAGAAGACCCAGCUCAUGUGUACUCAACAAACAAACCUCAUUGGGGUAGAAUCCUUUCUCUCUACAUCUGCUCCUAGAAACAUACCAGCCAGUAAAACAAACACAUCAACAACAACAAAAAUUAAAGGCUGCCAACGGUAUUCAUCUGCAAAGCAAAUGGGUACCCAUGGAUCAGCGCCUGUCCUCAUUUUCAGACCACAUCUUCUGUCUGUGGGGAUGGGCAUUCCUUCAAAAAUCAGACAGUAGAGGGAGAUGCUUCACAACUGUAGCUUUUUUUUUUCUCUGAGAUGUAUAUUAUUCCAUACUAAUAGAUGAAUACUCGCACAACACUAUCUUCCAAUUUCUCUAUCCCAGUUGACCACAAAGGGUUCAGAAGCUUUCUCUUGCCUUCAAUUUUCCUUUAAAAAUUACUUCUACAAGUCUAUUCAACAGCCUGUAGCCGCUCUGCUUAAGGGGCUAUGUCUACACUUUUUUUCUUUUGCUGCUCCAACAUAGAUAUUUCCUACUGAAUAUAAUUUGCUCACAUUCUCCCUACAAACAUUUCUUGUUUUCUGCAAAACAUCUUAUUUCUCCAAAUUCAGUUAAAAGGGUUUACUUGGUUGACAUUAGUGGAGGGAAACAUUAGCCAGAAUCAAAAGCAACUUCAAUUCAUUAUCCUGUUUUCUACCAUUGUGUAUGUUUCCAUGGUGCUAUUAAUCACAAGCUUGGCUAUUUUUUUGUAUAUUACAUUAAAACUGCAAACAAUCAAAACCAUGUCUAGGCACCAGGCAUUCUCCUCAGGGUAAGAAUGAAUUACUCACUUAGCCCACACACUGAAGUUACUGAAAGUUGUUGCCAAACUCCAGUUAUGCUGCCUCUGGGCUUGACAGGUCAAAAUGGUGCUAGUGAGCCGAGGCUGAAGCUAUAGGGAUGAGAGUACAUUGAGCUAGGACCAUCCAGAAGUUUCAGGUGGGAGUCACCCUGAGAAUUGGUGGUCUGUCUGCAUUUGCACUUCUGGGAUUUGGAGAGAAGUCAGGCUGCAUUCCCUCAAACAGAAACCACACUGCCUGGAAACUAGCACUGACCCUUUAAGAUAGACUUCUUUAGAAUAUGAUUUGGCUGGAAAGAUUCUUAAAUACAUGUAAUGUGAUUAUUCCUAGCUGGUGAAUAUUGUUUCCAUUUUCUGUCCACAUAUCCUAAGCUUCUGAAACAGCCAAGGUGUAUACAACUUUUUUUUUUUUUGUAAAAAAUGAGAUUGUUUAGUAGCCUUAAGUUUGUAGUUACCUGCAUACCUUGUUUACUUUAAAAGUGAG